CGUAGCUCCUCGUUUUGACCAGUGCGCUCGGUGCCAGGAGCAGCGAGAGCGUGUGAGAGAUCCACAUCACAGAAGUGGCCACUGUCAAGGUGCCAAGCGCUGUUUGCCACAGCAGCAACGAGGACAUCUACAACAAAUACCGCUGCAACCCAAACAUCAACAACACGAAGAGUUUUUGCGGGCACAUCCUCCCCGUCCUGCUGCUACCGUCACCGGCGGCUACGUUCGGCUCCUCAGCCGAGCAGCGUUGGCCACCGCGACGAUAAUGCUCGCCCUGCACCCUCGACUCUGUACAGCCUUUUCCUCUACCACCAUCGCUGCCGCCCGGUUGCCGCAAAGCCGCAGCGUGGUCCCGCAAGGCGUCCGGCGCAAUGCAUACAGAGGGGGAGGAGUAGGCAGACAUGGAGCGGCGGCCGCCGCGGUUGCACGGAAGCCCUCAGUCCCGUGGGUCGCGGCGCUACGUGCAGCAACAGGAGGUGGUGCCGCUACCGAUGCCACCGCUCCGCUCAGUUCAGUGAAGGAGACUGAAGCGGGGGAGGACACAACAGAGCCUGGCGUUGACAGCGGAAGCGGCGGCAGGCCCGUGGAAGAGCGAUAUCUAAUGCGGGAGGAGAGGAAAAGAAGGAGGAAGCUGGCCCGGGACGCCAGAAAGCUCAACGUUGGCAGGGCCAAGAGCGUCCGACGAGCGGGGACGCCCACGGAGAAGGUGGGUCUGGAGGCUCUCCACCCCCCUAAGGGGCCGCCGGGAUCGGGCGCGCCUGCCCUCUCCGGCCUCCCAGAUAUGUCGAAGCCCUUCACGGUUCUCGGGAUCGAGACGAGCUGCGACGACACGGCGGCGGCGGUGGUGCGCUCCGACGGCGCCGUGCUCGGGGAGGCGAUCGCGGGGCAAGCGGAUGUCCACGAGGAGUGGGGAGGCGUCGUGCCCGGACUGGCGAGGGACUCGCACGCGUUGAAGAUGGACGGGGUGGUCGAGAGGGCGCUGGAGCAAGCGGGGCUAGGUUCGGCGGCCGAAGUUGAUGCUGUUGCUGUCACCGUAGGGCCCGGGCUGGAGAUCUGCCUGCGGGUUGGCGCGGACAAGGCUAAGGCCCUCGCCGCUAAGUACGGAAAGCCAUUCGUGGCGAUUCACCACCUAGAGGCGCACGCGCUCCUCGCCAGAAAACCUUUCACCGAGACGCGGGCGUCUUCUCCUAGCGCUGCUGCUACGCCUGCUUCUGAGGCCGCUCCGGCUUUGCGUUCGAUUCCUCGCGCUAGCGACGUGUCUGCGGCAGCCGCAGUUGCGUCCUCGGCUCCUUCCACGUCUGCCUUUGCGACGGCUUUCACGGCCGCUGUCGCCGAUGUUUCGGCCUCUUCUGCUGCCGCUGACGAUGUGGCGGCCGCUCCUUCCGCUGCUAGCGACCGCUCCCCUGCUGAUUCUGCUGGUCCUGGCGACGUGUCCACCGCUGCGGCUGCUGCUUCUUCGGUGCCGUCCGCGGCCGCUUUUUCGGCCGCUUUUUCGGCGGCGGUUACCGACGUUUCCUCCGCCAGCGGAAGGGCUGCCAGCGGCGUUGCUCCUCCCGCUGCUGCUUCUGACUCAGAGCCUCCUGCGUCUUCUCGCAAGGGUGCCACCGGCGGCGGCGCCUCUGCGGUCGAGGACGAUGGCGAUGCCGGAGAAAUGCCUCCGUUGGAGUUUCCGUUCUUGGCGUUGCUCGUCUCAGGGGGUCACUGCCAGCUCCUGCUGUGCGAGGGUGUGGGUGUGUACACGGUGCUGGGCGGCACGGUUGACGACGCCCUGGGAGAGGCUUAUGAUAAGGCGGCGCGACUCCUCGGCCUUCAAGUCGGCGGCGGCGGAGGCCCAGCAGUGGAAGCUUUAGCUCGAAGGGGAGACCCUUCUGCCGUCCCCUUGGCAGUCCCGAUGCAGUCUCGGAAGGAUCUCGACUUCAGCUUCGCCGGUCUGAAGAAUUCCUUCCGCAUGGCCGUUACCAAGACCGUCGAGGAGAACGAUAAAAGGACGCGCGAGAACAAGCGGCCGGGGGCCACGCAAGUCGGGGGUUGGGGAGACGGGGGCGACGCCGAGCUGGGCGCAGCUGAGACAGAGAAGGACACGGGCACCGAGGGGCUUGGUGGGGAUGAAGUUCUCUCACCGACGGCGUCGAUGGAGAGGAGAGGGGCGGCUUUGCCAGAGCCUGUGAGGGCCGACCUCGCUGCGUCUUUCCAGCACACCGCCAUCCGGCACCUCGAGGAACGGGUAAGGAGGGCGAUGGACACGUGCGAGGCGAUUGUUGGCAAGGUCCCUCGACGUGGCGUAUCCUCCCACCAAGGCACAACACCAGAGGGGCCGAGACCCGAGGCGGCCAGCACCUUGGGUGAGACGGAGUUUCAGAGCCCUGAUGACCGGAAGACGGGAAAAGGGGUCGACGAUAGGCCAACGCAGGAACUAAGACGGGAGAAGGAGGGGCGUUACGGGGAAGAGAGGAUGGCUACGGACGGGGUUCCAGCUGCAGCAAAGGUGAAGAGCCUGCGAGCCCUGGCUGUCGUUGGCGGUGUCGCGGCGAACCAAGAGCUGCGGCGACGGUUGCAGGCGCUAUGCGACGAGAGAGAGCCGGAGGCGUGGCGGAUGGUGGUGCCCCCCGCUCGCCUCUGCACCGACAACGGCGUGAUGGUGGCGUGGGCGGCGGUGGAGCGUCUUCGUGAGGGCAUGUCCAACGACGCCGAGGAGCAGGAAGUUUAUGCUAGGCUCCCCCUCGGCCGCUAUGCCGGCCACGACCAUGAAGCGCCCUGAUGGGUGCUUGGCGUCGCGGGGUUGAUUUUGGUCGGGGUUUUUUUCGAACUGGUUCGCCAGGGUGUGUACGCUAGGUUCCCUCAAAAGGAGCACGUUGAUGCGUCGAUACACGUUUGUUUCGACAAUCGGUUUUAUUGUCGGCCUUGAUUGCUGUGUUGUAACCUUGGAACUUUGUUUUGCCCUUGUUGAGGUGCAUCAUGUUUUCUUUAUUCAUCUCGACUCAAGGAUGUUCUUCGCUCGAAUCAUAUCACCGGUGCAGUCCGCCGUGUCCCCAUGUCUGAAGACUGCAGCAGGAUGCCACGGUGUGUGCCAGGGUUCAACUGCUUUUUGGAGGACAUGUGGACAAUACAAGCGAUAACCUU